AUGGCCAUUCAUGUCCUGGAAGGUCAACAACGAUAUGAUAGCUUUGUUCAAGCAUUUCGAGAUACCAAUCCGUAUCUUAAAAAGCAAGUACAGUUCUUGGAGGCCCAGAAAACAUGGAACAAUUUAAAAACUGAACCGGAAAAGAUUAACAAAAAAAUUAUUGAAUAUAAGACAAAAGCGGUAGAACUUAGGAGUAAGUCUUUAAGCUUCUGGUUGAAAACGUCCAAUGCACCACCGGAAAAAAAGAGCAGAGAAGUGGAAGGAUCAGAAACUAAUACUAAAGUACAAGACAGUGGAAGGAUCAGAGAUGAAGGUAUAGUUUUAAAAACAAUUUUUACUCAUCUAGCUUAAUUCGUACUGUACAAAAUAUUCAAUGGCAGAAUUUAUAACAAAUUCACGAAAGAAUCUUGAUUCCUUGAUUUCUGUUUUAAUGGCAGUAUGAUAUGUUCAUUUUCUGCGUUAUAAACUGAAUUAUAUUGACAUUUUCUGAAUUAUAUUGACACAAUUUUCGUUGCUGUUAUUAUAAGAAAAAGGCUGCGAGAAUGACUCAUUACCAAUUCCUGCGACUACUAGUACGACGCGGGGAAAAGAAGCUCCUGCACAAGACAAGCUAAAGACGGAAAUCGGCAAUAUGAAGGCACAGCUUACAUCACUGGUUACACUGCAGAAUACUGGAUUGUCCUUGGUCAAACCAGAAAAAGUUAAAGAACUGAAAACAACAAUAAAUACACAGGAAAUGCUACUUAAGAGGUCCGAAUAAAGAUUGUUUAAUCAUAAAAUGGAAACCUGAUAUUGUUGAAGUUAAUUGUACUAAUUUUCAACUUUUUAGACGAGUGAAUGAAGCAGCAAGACAAAGAAAAAGAAGAGCGAAAUUGAAAGAAAGUAUUAGAGUCGUAAGCGAAAAAUCUUUAGAUCUCUUUCCCGAGAUGCGUUAGGUCGCCCAAGACUUGAAGUUGACCAGCCAAAUCUGUUUGAGUACGAUCGUUGAUAUUGUGCAGUCUUCGUCAGCCUCUGCUGAUAGACGAAGAUGUGAAAUACUACGCACCGUUACAACGUUAGAUGAUUUGAACAAGGAACUGUCGAGCUUUGGAUUCAAGAUUGGCCGGCCUGCGACGUAUCUUCGCCUUUUACCGCGGCGACAAGAUACCAUUGAAGGGAAACGUCAUGUGAAAACUGUAUCCGUUAAAUUGCUUCGACCUGAAAAUACUCUCAGGAAAGCGAACGUUGAUCGUAUGUUUGCGAAAUCUUUUGUGGAUGACGUGCGAGGAAUAUGUUCAUUGUUUGGACCAGAUGCGGUACUGUUUCUCUCCAAUUACGAUAAGGCUCGCGUACCUCUUGGUCUUGCAGCCGCUAACCUCCAGGCUCCUAUUCGGAUGCAUUUAGACUAUAAAGUGCGACUAAAUGAUCAUUCUUUUGUAAUUGGUCCACGCCACACGCUUAUACCAUCAGUUUACGCUGUGUGUGAAGUAAGACCAAACGGUGAGUUGUCGUACUCUGGGAAAACGUUUAUACGAGUCAGAAAUGGAAAACACGAUUCUUCAACUGCGUUUACUCAUGCUUACGACUUGCGUGAGCUUUUUCUGAAAGGAAGUAUCCCUCAAAAGCCAAUUCUACUGAUGGAGACAGAUGGUGCUCAAGACGAUGCUCAAGAUCGCUUAUUCACGUUGUCAAUGCUGCUGGGUUAUCAGCUUUCAAUCCUGUAGAAAGACGAAUGGCACCGUUGUCACACGAUAUUGCUGGUGUUAUAUUAUCGCACGACCACAAUGGUAAUCACCUAAGUUCAAGUGGGAAUACAACGGACGAAGAAUUGGAGAAAAGGAAUUUUCUCGCCACAGCACACAUUUUAUCGGAAGUGUGGUCUAACACCGUCAUUGAUAACCACAAGGUCGACUGCGUGGCAGUGCCAAUUGGCAAGGAAUUUGUACCAGAUGAUCCUAAUCCAAGCUGGGUAGCGAAUCAUGUGCAACAAGCAACUCUCUUCAAAUUGUAA